AGUCCUGAUGAGCCAUAUCUAUAUGUACAUGUCUUGUUCAAGUUCAUGAGUUUGAUGUGUGUUUCACUGCAGACGCCACACUCAAUAACACAGCCAGCUGUAGCUCAGGAGUGUGUGAUUUCUGGUUAAAGGAGUUUUUCAGUUUUGCCUUCAGUUAGAUGUUAAUGUUACUAAUCAUUUAAGGUUAGGCCACAAUCAGUGCGUUCUUACAAGAGAAAUGAGACUCUCCUUCUGUUCUCCAGGUGCACUAGCUGAGUUUUUGGACCCCCAGCAGCAGGUUGUGGUUGGUGUUGGAGGAACAGCUCGACUGCACUGCUGUUUCAGCAGCUCUGGGCCUGUGGCUUCCUGCUGGAUUCAUGACCGUGAAAAGGUUGUGUUAGAAGGGCCGCGAGUGUGUGUGACGAACACCAGCAGUAGCAGCACCCUGGUUCUCUCUGAUGUUCUUCCUGUAGAUGUGGGGAGUUAUUCUCUUUUUGUUUGUAACCGAGGAGGCACAGCUCACUGGACCAUAAGCCUCCGAGUCAUUGGUCAUCCAGACCCUCCAGCCUCGUGUCCGUUUGUGUCCCAGCUGACCCACACGUCUCUGGUUCUGUCCUGGUCUGGGCCCUGUUUUGACGGCGGUUCUGCCAUCACAGGUUACGUGGUGGAGUUUCAGAGGCUGGAUCAAUCUGAACCCAGUGACUGGACUGAACUUGCUAACCAGUGUCUGAACACCUCGUACCGGGUCCGCUCUGGUCUCGACCCGCAGGGAUGGUAUCACUUCAGAGUACGAGCCUAUAACGCAGUGGGAGUCAGUGAUCCCAGUGAGGAGUCAGACUGCAUUAAGAUGAACACUGCAGGUGAACCACAACAGGAAGUGACCUCAUAUGUGGAGGUUGUGCCUGACACCACACACAAAGCCAGGGAUCAUUAUCACGUUCAUGAAAAACUAGGAGUGGGGAAGUUUGGGGAGGUGUACAGGAUGAGCCAUAAGCAGACAGGUUGGGUGUGUGCUGGGAAAUUCUACCGGGCCCGUGUCUCCAGAGAGAAAACAGCAGCGCGUCAAGAAAUCAAACUGAUGAAAGAAUUACACCACCCCAAGCUGGUGCAGUGUCUCGCAGCCUACGACACCUCGUCCGAGAUCGUCAUGAUUCUGGAGUAUUCAGAGGCCGGGAAACAUCUGAUGGUGUUACAUGGGACUCCGGAGUUUGUGGCCCCAGAGGUAGUCAAUUAUGAGCCUGUAGAUCUGGCCACUGACAUGUGGAGCAUUGGCGUCAUCUGCUACAUCCUACUGAGUGGCGAGUCUCCAUUCCAGGGAAACUGCGAUGCCGAAACCUUGGCUCUGGUUACUGCAGCACAAUGGGAGUUUAACCCUGAGAGUUUUGAUGGCAUCACUGAUGAGGCCAAAGAUUUCAUCAGUGGCCUAUUGAGGGAGGAUAAGAGGUGAAUGAAGAAAUGCGAAUCGAGAAAUUG